AGUGGAAAGGGACGACUCCCUCGUCGAAAGGAAAUACGAGCUUUCCUCAGUAAUUUUCAUCUUUCCCAAUCCCGCUCUAGGAGCUUGCCAACAUUCUUCUGUCUGUCUGUCUAUUUAUAUCUACGUUCAAAUAAAAGUCAUAGAAUUUGUGGAAAAUAGCAAGACACGACAAAAAGUGGCUAAAGUGACACCAGUCGCCAUUACGCCAACGAGUUUAUAGUAAAGCGAACUGUGCGUAAAUGUUGAGUGAUUUGUCGUAAACAUUCGAGGAUCUUUGAUUCUCAUAUAUCAAUGAGGUGCUUCGUCGGAAGAAUUUAAAUGCAGUUGGAAGAAUGCAUUCCUUAGGGAAUUGCUCUACAAGAGUAUCGGACGAUAAUUUCUCCCUGUGAUUCCCUGUAAAAUUUGAACGAUUAAAGGAGGAAACGAUCGCGGAAAAUCGUCGUAUUCGAAACGCGCGUAAGAUACUAAGAGCACAUUUCAUUUAAGUGUUUAUCAGAACUGUACUUCGUGACAGCAAAAUUAAUAUGUCGAGUUCACCACGAAUGCGAAAGAUGCCACCCAGGCCAAAGAUCUUACUUCCGGUUCCCGGACAAUAUUAUCCGCAUCCGCAGACGGCGACCGGUAUGGGUUAUGUACCGACGCCGUACGGACAAACGCCAGUACCUAUGACUCCGGUUGCCGGCCAGCCGCAGAUUUUUUACUCUAAUCGGGCCAGUGAGUUCGUCUUUACACAAUUUAAGGGAAUCAAAGAUCUAACAAAAUCUGGUCUUAGUGUGGGUGAGAAGAGUGCUUUUUGGCUCUAUGAGAAGGUCAGAUCCUGGAGCAAGAGAUGGUUCACGCAUAUUUUUUUAUUCGUUGUCAUACUUCUGUAUAGCAUCAUCGGGGCGAUAAUUUUCGUAGCGGUUGAAGGAUCGGCCGAAAAAAUUGCUGUUUCGAACAUUCGGCAGCAAAGAAAUGAAACAGUCGAGGCAAUUCGUGGAUUAUGCGAAGACUCGGUGUUGGCAUCAGAUACAUCCCGUUGGAGAGGAGCAGCGGUGAAAGAACUGAUGAAGUACGAGAAAGAUCUGUAUGAGUAUUUCGGUCGAGAAUUAAAAGACAAAGGCGAAAAAGUGUGGACGUUUUGGAAUGCUGUGUUCUACUGUGGCACCAUUUAUACGACUAUAGGUCAUGGGGUUAAAGGGUCACCCGAUUCGGAUGGUGCAGUGCAACCUCCAAGCUGGGCGACCGAAUGGGUUGCAGCGGUGCAGGCGCGGCGUCGCGACGCCAAAGCCGCGAUUUCGAUUGCGCGUGAUGCCCCCGCUCAAUAUCCGCUGCGGUGAAGCCGGUCAUCCGGUUCCGUCGCAGUUGCUGGUAGCAGCAAACGUCACCGUGCCGACGGUGGUGGUGGCGGCAGAUGGUGGGAGCAACCUCCGUUUAUUUCUGUCACGGCCUCGUUGGGGCUGGCCUCGCGAGUGAGUUUCUGUCGCGAGAGUCUCUCUCGCGUAUACGAAGACCGUCGAAUAACGAUAACGACAACAACGACAACGGCGACGACGAAGAGUCGCGCGAUGGAAGACAGUUACAUGGUUCAUAGACGUCGUAAGGCGGCUGCAAGGAAGCGUGAGAAAACUCCUGAUCCCUCAUCGAGGGGUGCUGCGUCGCGUAUAGAUGCUUCAGAUGAUGAAGAUGAAGAGAGGCGCGCCAAAAUGGAGAGGAUGGCUGAGGAAGCAGAAAAAAUGGAACAGCAACAAAAAGAAAAUAGAUUGUCACAACAUCAGAAGCAGGAAGAAUUAGAGAAUAAGGAUAAAAUGGGGAAUGAUCGAGAGCAGCGUCCGGCUAGAAGAAAGAACAAAAUUGACGCGAGGGAUUCUGCGAACAUGGAUGACAUGAUCUCUGUACGCGCCGAAGUGGCCGUUAAGUCAACGGCUGGAAAUAUUUUGAAGACACGUGAGACUGACUCUGUAACAAUUGACGACAACAGUACGCAACCGGUAAAGCAGAUCACCGAAGUAGCGAAGAAGUUUGAUGAUGGUAUCACAAAGAAGAACAUUGUCAGACCUGAGAUUGUUCAGACAGUUAAGGAUAGUGUUGUCCAAGAGACAUCGGAGAUACCGAAAGAAACAAACGGCGAGACCAGUAAAUCUGUCGAAAUUCGUAAGGUUGAAAGACGACUUAAAAGGAGAUCGAAGGAACGCGUGGAGAAAUAUAGCCAGUCAACAGACUCCAGUGACGAAAAAGAUGAAAAGAAUGAAUCUAGUCGAAGACGAACAAAGUCACCAGAAAUAGUCAAGUCCAAGGUGAAAAAGAUGAGCGGAAAGAAUCGGAUCAGUGAUCCUGAAGUACAAAAGAAGGACACCGAAAGACUGAAUCGAGAGAAGAGGUCUCCGAGUUGGCAGAAGUUCGAAGAUGAGUCUCGUACGAGAGAUGAUUCUGUGCCACAUUCAAGACUUUACAAUCAGACUGAAGAUAUAAACGAAGAUCUGAAAAUGGCAAAGAAGAAUGAAAGUUUAUCGCAAAAAUCUGCCGAAGAGCGAAAGGUAAAGAGAUCCUCUAUCGAGAUGAAAAAGCAGAUCAUCCCGUUGAGUAACGAAAGCUUGAUCGAAGAUUUCGCGAGGGCUCAGAGGGAGUACAUGCUAAGAGAACGCAGUAUCCUGGAUCCGGAAGUAGACAUGUUUCAAAACGCUGUUGAAAUUAGUUCCUUGAGGAGGCGAAAGUACAAUCUGACAUACAGUGAAAGUGAGCAAGAGGACAUUGUUCAAACGCAAUCUUCCGAUGUAGCAGACAAGAAAAAAUCAUGGUUCUCUUGGUUGUCCUUCUGGCAUAGGAAGAAGAAUGAAAAUAUUACAGAGAAGAAGAUUGAAGACAUACCAAAUCCCGCUUCAGAAGUUGAAGAAAUCAAAAUAGAAAAGGAAGAAGCUGCGGAGAAGAUUACUCUAUUAGAUUUCUUCAGGGCUCUUAGAGACGUCGUCAGUGAAUUUAAGACCUUCGUGGCACAAAAUCCACGUGAGACUACGAUCAUUAGGCGGCUGCGUAAUCGCUGCAUAGCCGGACUACUGCUUAUAAUAAUCUACUGCGGCCUCGGCGGUUUUGUCUUCCGUUUCGUCGAGGGUGCUUUCGAAACAUUCUAUAAAUGUGGCGUGAAACGCGUGAAGCGUGACUUCCUAGACACUCUGUGGAAUUAUAGUCAUAAUUUGAGGGAGGAUGAUUGGAAGAGCAUGGCGCGCAGGAAGCUGAUGGAAUUCGAGGAACAGCUUCACACAGCUCACGAAGCUGGCUUGCAUACAUAUAGCGGUCAAAAGAGUUGGAGUUUCUUGAAUGCUGUCGUGUACUGUCUCACUGUCAUCACCACUAUCGGAUAUGGGCAUAUUUCGCCAAGUACAGACACAGGAAGAGCCAUCACGAUUGUGUAUGCAAUUUUUGGCAUCCCAAUGUUUCUCAUCAUUUUGGCCGACUUUGGUAAAUUAUUCACACGCGGUAUAAAAUUCCUAUGGGCAUUUGUGAGAAGACUAUAUUACACUGGUAGCUGUCGCAAAGUCCGUCGCACUGUGCCUGUCCAGGAAGUCAUGAAGGGCAUGCAACUCGUUUACGAUCUCGCAAAGUUACGACGGCCCUCGCAAAUGAUUCCAGAAGAAAUCGACGAGAUGCAGAAGCAGCAGAUCCAGCAGCCACAGACAGUUUUGAAUGUGGACGCCAAUACGCCGGGUACACCGGGUACGCCGGCAUUAUCAGCAUAUAUCGUCGAUGACGAGUUUAAUCUACCGAUUUCGGUGGCAAUCGUCAUUCUCCUGGCUUAUAUCUUCAUAGGAGCUACUUUAUAUUCCUUGUGGGAAUCUUGGAAUUUCUUCGAGAGCUUCUACUUUGUCUUCAUUUCCAUGAGCACUAUCGGCUUCGGCGAUUACGUGCCAAAACAUCCCAUAUACAUGAUGGGUUCAAUAGUAUACUUGGUGUUCGGUCUGGCGCUCACAUCCAUGUGCAUCAAUGUCGUGCAGGUGAUGCUAUCGGAUUCAUUUAAGCAGGCGAGCCAAAAGAUCGGAGCCACAAUCGGUUUUGAGGUCGCCGAGGAUGAUAACUCAGUGAAACCGGCACCGCCACCGCCAGUCGAAGUCGCAGACGUCCACAUAAACGUGAAAGAGUCUGGGAGCGAUGAAAAGAUCGCGCCCAAAGCAAAGCAGGAGGACGUUGACCUAUAGAUUGCAUUUCUUUCAGGAGGAAUUUUUAUGCGUCUCGAUCGAGCUCGUUUCACGAAAUGUUUCUUUCUCUCUCUUUCUAUUUCUCUCUUUAUUCGACCUUAAGAGAAUAAUCGUUCGCUGGCUUAUGCAAUGCAAUGAUGGCAUGGUAAUUAUCGCGAUACGCACGCAAUCAAACUUCGAAGGACACUCAGGACCGUCUUUACACUUGAAAUGUGCAGAGAAAUUUGGCGAAGAUAAUCGAUUUUAGAAUUUUUGAUAUUUGUUAAAAUUGUACGUUGGAAAUUUUAAUUAGAUCUAAUUAAUUAUCUUACAGAUACUUUUAAGUUAAACUCUUUACUCUAAUACUUUUAAGUUAAAUUCUGGAUAUCCAAAUUUCUCUCAAAAACGGUCCCGAUCGUCUUUGCGUCUCGGCAGCG